CGGACUACCCAACCCAGUGCACAACAGCACACGACGAUCUAAUUAAGAAGAUGGCCGGCCGCCGGACUACUAGCUUGGUUGUGGUGGCUGCCCUUGUGGCCGUGUGCGCCGCCGCCGCCUCCGUCGCGGCGCAGCAGACUGAUCCGCCGCCGCCGCCGCUGCCGUCCAACUACCACAUCAUGACCCCGGGCAAGUACAAGAGGGACCAGCAGCUGGCCUGCAAAGACGACAAGACCAACAAGCCCAGCUGCAGCGCCAAGUGCAACAAGCGAUGCCCCAACCAGUGCAUCGUCCUCUGCCCAGGAUGCAAGACCUUCUGCAUGUGCGACUUCUACCCCGGCGUCUCCUGCGGCGACCCUCGCUUCACCGGCGCCGACGGCAACAACUUCUACUUCCACGGCAAGAAGGACCAGGAUUUCUGCAUCCUCUCCGACCCCAACCUCCACAUCAACGCCCACUUCAUCGGCAAGCGCAACCCCGCCAUGAGCCGCGACUUCACCUGGAUCCAGGCCCUCGGCAUCCGCUUCGCCGACCACCGCCUCUACAUGGGCGCCGCCAAGACCGCCAAGUGGAGCAACGACGUCGACCGCCUGGAGCUUGCCCUGGACGACGAGGCGGUGAGCAUCCCCGCCGAGGCCGGCGCGCGGUGGGUGUCGGCCGCCGUGCCGGGGCUGUCGGUGACGAGGACCACCGCGGCCAACGGCGUGCGGGUGCAGCUGGCGGGGGUGCUGGACAUCAUCGCCAGCGUGGUGCCCAUCACGGAGGAGGACUCGCGCGUCCACAACUACGGCGUAACCGACGACGACAGCCUCGCGCAUCUCGACCUGGGCUUCAAGUUCUACGACCUCACCGACAACGUCCAUGGCGUGCUCGGGCAGACGUACCGCUCCGACUACGUGAACCAGCUGAGCGUGAGCGCCAACAUGCCCAUCAUGGGCGGGGCGCCCAAGUACGUGUCCUCAGACAUCUUCGCCACCGACUGUGCGGUCGCCAGGUUCGCCGGCAUCUCCAUGGUCACCGCCAAGGCCUACUAAGUACCACCCAUCGAAUUCCGCCGUCGGCCAAGUCCAACUACGGCGAUCGAGUAGCAUAACACCAGAGAUACUAUACUGAUCAGAUCAGUUGGCCAAGAUUUUAUUACGACAUGCAUGAAUAAAUUUGUGAGCAACAUGACAGUAAUGGAUGUUGAGUUGAAAAAAAAAAGGAUAUAUUGACGUCUUUGGAAAAUGUAAUUGCAUCAGCCAUUGCUUUCGGCAAGCAAUCCACCUGAACCUUGCAUUUCGCCGUGAAUCCGAUCCACCCCGAAGCAACUAGCGUGCAGUAUGUUGUUGUUCACUUGCAAGCACACCACGUAUCUGUAUACCCCAAAAGAAAAAAAGAAGAAUAAAAAAAGUGUGCCACAGGAGUGUAAGCCCCGUUCUGUUAGUCCGGCGGACCAAAGUGAAUAACUGUGAUAGGUUCGGCCAUUUGACCCAGAGCCGGCUCCCUGAAUAAUUGGGCUCCACACAGGUCUCAGCCCCCCAACCGAGGCCGGGGAGAGCCAGCUCGUGGGCCGUCCACGUCUCCGUGGGCGCAUCGCUGCGCAAAGGGCCCGGGGACUUUCCAGGGCUUGUUAGGCCCGCUCACUUCAUCCUGUGGCAUGCCUGCGUGUGCCGGUGCCCUUUGUUAUAAGCAGAGCCUCGUCUUCAUGAACUGGCGAUGUGGGAUUAAUAGCACCAACCAACCAACUCCUUGGGGUUCUUCGUCCGCCAUGGGAAUGAUAGCGCUAGUGCACCAUGGGCUCAAUCAGCUUGUGGGCCUGUGGGCGCUUAUGGCCCCAAACUCCCCCGCUCGCGCUUAGGGCUCUUCUUCUUGCUCCCUGCUCCAACCGCGGCCGCCGCCGCGCCACGCACACGGCAAUGGCAACCACCACGCGACGCCGCCCGCGGCGCGGCUCCAAGGGCUCCAACCCCGACCUCUCCCGCACCC